CUCCAAUUAAUCCUCGUAAUUGUCGCCUUUUCGUAUCUGGAAUUCUCUUUUCAGUUGAACUCCAUUUUCAGAGUUCACUCAUACUCUAUCUGUUACUUUCCUACCUCAAUCUCUAUCGAUCUCUGUUUCUGUUCAACAAUGGCGUCUUCAACUCUCUCUCACUCACUCUCCUCUCUCAUCAAACCUCACUCUACUCUCUCCAAUCGUUCGAAUUUCACUCUCUCAACGAAUUUUACCCCCUCAAUUUCUCCUUUAACUUUCAGAUCUUUUUCUCUCUCAUCUUCAUCCAUUAAUCAUCCUUCUUUCGUCACAUUCGCUUCUUCCGACGUUUCUGAUAGCGUCACUGAUGAAACUCCCAUCGAAAAAAGAUUUCCGGCAUUUCCAACAGUUAUGGAUAUUAAUCAAAUUCGUGACAUUUUGCCUCAUCGGUUUCCGUUUUUGCUAGUUGAUAGAGUGAUAGAGUAUAAUCCAGGAGUUUCAGCAGUUGCAAUAAAGAAUGUGACAAUUAAUGAUAAUUUUUUUCCUGGACAUUUUCCUGAGAGGCCUAUUAUGCCUGGUGUUCUUAUGGUUGAGGCAAUGGCACAAGUUGGUGGAUUGGUUAUGUUGCAACCAGAAGUUGGUGGUUCCCGUGACAAUUUCUUCUUUGCUGGCAUUGACAAAGUACGAUUUAGGAAGCCAGUGAUUGCUGGGGACACCUUGGUGAUGCGAAUGACACUUAUUAAGCUACAAAAACGCUUUGGUAUAGCAAAAAUGGAGGGCAAAGCCUAUGUUGGAGGUGACGUGGUUUGUGAAGGAGAGUUUUUGAUGGCUAUGGGUAGUGAUUCUAGUGAGUGAUAGUAUUAUUUUAGUUUUUUUUUUCUAUUGUGUUCACCAUUUCUUGUUGCAGUAUUAAUUUAAGCUAGAGCUUGCAGCCAAGAAACUAUAUUGUUUGUUCACCUCAUUUGUCGGAAUCUUGUAGUAAUACAUGAGGUUAAGAGUACUAUUUAAUGUGUUU